UGUCUUUGCUUGUCAAAAGGCAGCUGCCGAGCGGGAGGCGCCGGGAGCGCGGAGCAGCGUGCCCACCCGCGGGACCAGGGAUGGAGGCGAUGACAGCCAGCGCUCCCUUGCCUGACCCUGGUGACUUUGACCGGAAUGUGCCCCGAAUCUGUGGGGUGUGCGGAGACCGAGCCACAGGCUUUCACUUCAACGCUAUGACCUGCGAAGGCUGCAAAGGCUUCUUCAGGCGGAGCAUGAAGCGGAAGGCGCUGUUCACCUGUCCCUUUAACGGGGACUGCCGCAUCACCAAGGACAACCGCCGCCACUGCCAGGCCUGCCGGCUCAAGCGCUGCGUGGACAUCGGCAUGAUGAAGGAGUUCAUCCUGACAGAUGAGGAGGUGCAGCGGAAGCGAGAGAUGAUCCUGAAGCGGAAGGAGGAGGAAGCCCUGAGGGACAGUCUGCGGCCCAAGCUGUCUGAGGAGCAGCAGCAGAUCAUCGCCAUCCUGCUGGACGCCCACCACAAGACCUACGACCCCACCUAUGCCGACUUCUCCCAGUUCCGGCCUCCAGUUCGUGGGGAAGGGGGUGGAGGGAGCCAUUCCUCAAGGCCCUCCUCCGUCCCAACGCCCAGCCUCUCUGGGGACUCAUCUUCGUCCUGCUCAGAUAACUACACAGCCUCUCUAGAUGUGAUGGAGCCAACCAGCUUCUCCAAUCUGGGUCUGAGGGAAGAAGACUCAGAUGACUCUUCUCUGACCCUUGACCUGUCCCAGCUCUCCAUGCUGCCCCAUCUGGCUGACCUGGUCAGUUACAGCAUCCAAAAGGUCAUCGGCUUUGCCAAGAUGAUUCCAGGGUUCAGAGAUCUCACUUCUGACGACCAGAUCGUGCUGCUGAAGUCAAGUGCCAUCGAGGUCAUCAUGCUGCGCUCCAACCAGUCCUUCAUCAUGGACGACAUGUCCUGGACCUGUGGCAGCCCCGACUACAAGUACCGCAUCAGCGAUGUGACCAAAGCCGGACACAGCCUGGAGCUGAUUGAGCCCCUCAUCAAGUUCCAGGUAGGGCUGAAGAAGCUGAACUUGCACGAGGAGGAGCAUGUCCUGCUCAUGGCCAUCUGCAUUGUCUCCCCAGACCGUCCCGGGGUGCAGGAUGCUGCCCUGGUGGAGGCCAUCCAGGACCGCCUGUCCAACACACUGCAGACCUACAUCCGCUGCCGCCACCCACCGCCAGGCAGCCACCUGCUCUACGCCAAGAUGAUCCAGAAGCUGGCCGACCUGCGUAGCCUCAAUGAGGAGCACUCCAAGCAGUACCGCUGCCUGUCCUUCCAGCCCGAGUGCAGCAUGAAGCUCACGCCCCUCGUUCUGGAGGUGUUUGGCAACGAGAUCUCCUGACUAGGGUAGCCUGCUGGGGCUCCUGGGCGGGGCUGCUCCUCUGGGGCCUUGUGCCCCGGCCUGGGGCGUGUUACUGCCCGGCACACCUUCCCACCCCCUCCGGAGCUCAGCCUCUCCUCUCCCACCUCCCCUGCCACCCAACCCAGCCUGUCUCCUGUCCGACCUAACACCAGUCUCCUUUUCCUGCCAGCCGCAGGCUGCCCCCAGUCCCGUGAGACCUCAGUGAGGAGUUGCUGUUUGUUAAAGAAACUCAAGUAGGGGAGGGGACAGAUGUUAAGGGUGGGGCCUUGCCCAGGAAUGGCCCUACGGAUCCAAAAUCGCUGCUGGUGGAUGCUGAGGGAACAGUGAGGCAGGAGAAACCCACCCAUUCCUCAGGGACAGAGUUACCUGUACCUCCCCCGAUUCCAGGCCUGAAUGUUCAGAGCCAAGUGGGGAUCUCCUUCCCCCUGCCUUGCCCAUGAUGAGUAACUAGCCACAAACCCUCCCCUACCCUCCAACCCUGUCCCAUCCUGCUGCCCAUCUGCACUGUUUUGUCCCAGGGCAGUGGGCCAUGAUGGAGCCUUCUCCCCUUGCUUCUCAGCCCUGGCCUGUCUAGGAUACUCGCUGCCAAGGAUGGCCAAAAACAAGGUGACGAAGGUCACAACUCCCCCCUCACCCACCUCUGCUGGCCAAAGGGCCCUCUCCUAACACGUCAGUGCCCACUUCAUCCCGUUGCUAUGGUAACAUUCUUCCCAGAAGUUGCUUCUGGUGGGCCUUCUCCACAUGACAGGGACAACUAGCCCAGACCCCACCUGCCGAGAGGCCCAAGGAGGGACGAGAGCAGGGCCCAGGAACUGGGGGACAGGCAAACCCAGCCUCACAGAACAGUGGU